AUGGCUGGUAUAGCUGAUGAUUAUCAACUUAAAACACAUGGACCUGUUCUUAGUGAAAAUUGCAACAAGGCACCAAUCUCAAAGAAAACAGACUAUGACUUUCAUUUGGCAGAGAGACAAAGUCUUCUUACACGACUCUUGGAUGCUGUCAAACAGUGUCAAGUGAGAUUUGGUGGAAGAAGAGAACUUGCUACAGAUGGAGACAGUCGGCAAGUGACAGAAAUCACAGGAUUAAGUAAGGUGACCCGGUUUGCUGAAAUGGAAGCACAUCCUGCUUUUUGGCAGAAUGUUAAAGAACAUCUGACAAAACAUGAGCUCCAACGAUUUCUGUUGUUGAAAUCUGUCAACACAGAAAUGGGCAGAGGACGAGCUUGGCUAAGGGCAUCUUUAAAUGAGCAUUCCUUAGAGAGAUACAUGCAUAUGAUUAUUGAGAAAGAUGAUAUAUUAAGUCAGUAUUAUGAAGACUGGGCAUUUCUACGGGACCAGGAAAGAAGCAGUAUGCUACCAAAUAUGGCAGCUGGUCUUGGGUCAAUAUUGUUUGCCUUAACCAUAGAUAGUCCUGAAAUAAAUGCUCCCAUUAGUUCUGCAAUCCCAUUGGCCCUUACUUCAGAAAAAAUCAAACCAGAAACUACACCAGACAUUCAACCUGUGAUGGCUACAAAUAAACCUGCAGCUUGUGAUAGAAAAAGAGACAAGAAAAAAAGAAAAAAACUUGCCAACAUUGUGACAUUUAGUGAUGAUGACGAUCAAAUCAGUUCAAUCAGUUCUUCUCCGUGUUCUGUACAAAAUGAUUCCUUUGACAUAUCUGCCAAAUCAAGUCUGGACUCUCCCAGCUAUUUAGCUAAUACAGACAGAUUACAUUUCAAUGAUUACACACAGGUUGAUUCUCCUCUCACUAAAUCUUCUGGUCUUUCUAGUCCAUCUGUGACAAAUGAGUCAAAUAAACAAAGUCCCAAGAACAACGAUGAAAAUCAUAAAAGUUCUUCCCCAUCAGAAUUAGGAUUAAUAUUCAAAUUUGGCAAAAAGCCACCCUUGAAAGCAGUAGACUCUCAAUCAUCUCUCACAUCUGAUGAUUUAGUUGGGGAUGAUGCAUAUUUAGCCCCAGUGUCAUCAAUAGCAGAAAGAAGACUGAGUCAGGGUUCUGGGAGUUCAUUAGAAAUGGAUGGCAAAUAUUGUAAGCAGCCUUUGAUUCCAAUGAAUUCUGAAGGGGAAUAUUUGGAUCAGGGUGGGGAUGGAGACUCUAGUGGAAUUCAUCAGUCAGUGGCACUACAGGAUUUUGUAAAUUUGUCUGGUACCGAUAUUGAAAAUGCAGCAUUUGCUUUGGUCAUGGCACAGAAAGGCAGCAAUAAUGACAGUCAUGGAUACCGAACAGAGGGAGAUGGUGGCAAUGUGCAAGAAGAAAGUCAUAAAGAAAUGACCACAAUGGAACUGAAGCAAGCUAUUGUCACUAUGAUGUUAAGAAAAGAUCAAGUGGAAGACCAGAACAGGUCUUUACAAACGCUUUUAUCUCAGGAGCAAGAGACUUCACUUGCACUACGGGCUGAACUCAAAGACAUUAACACAAAAAUGUCUGUCCUUCAAGAAAAAGACAACUGCAAGAUUCAGUCCUUACAAAAGGAGAAUGAAUUAUUGCGGCACCAGUUAAAGAAAUAUGUCAAUGCUGUCCAGCUACUGAGAAAAGAAGGACCAAAAGCUGAAGGCAAGCUCUUUUCCCCCCCUUUCUUUUUUUCCCCUUUCUUUUUUCCCCCUUUCUUUUUUCCCCCUUUCUCUUUUUUUCCCUUUCUCUUUUUUUUCCCUUUCUCUUUUUUUUCCCUUUCUCUUUUUUUCCCUUUCUCUUUUUUUCCCUUUCUCUUUUUUUCCCUUUCUUUUUCUUCCCUUUCUCUUUUUUCUUCCCUUUCUUCCUUUCUUUGGUCUUUGGGCAUCCAUUUGGAUGAGUUGCAACCAGUGAUUCCACCCCCGAAAGCCAACAUUGACUACAGCCAUGAAGCUUCAGAAUAUGAGAAAAAGCUUAUACAGGUUGCUGAAAUGCAUGGAGAAUUGAUGGAAUUUAAUGAAGUUUUACAUCGCAAGAUUCAGUCCCAAGAUACAUUUAUCAAACAAUUACGGCAGGAACUGGUGAAUCUACGGGGACCACUUCCUAAUGAGGUUUUUCUUUUCCAGCUUCCUAAUGAGGUUUCCAGCUAUUCAGAAAAUCUGUCUAUAGAUGUGGAUAAUUUAUCUCUGAACACACGAAAUCUUGUUCAUGUUUGGAUUCCCUCGGCCUUUUUACGAGGUAGUGCUUCUGACAGUUAUCAUGUAUAUCAGGUUUAUGUACGAAUUCAGGAUGAAGAAUGGAAUGUUUAUCGACGGUACCGCCAGUUUUAUGUCCUUUACUGUAAACUGAAGAAGAAGUACCCCAUUCUUGGACAGUUCAAUUUCCCUCCGAAAGUUACAGUCGGCUACAAAGAAGCUCGUGUUGUUGAGAAAAGACGAGUCAUGUUACAGACCUACUUACGUAAGGUGAUUAACUGUGUGAUGGAGAAUUCCAAUGAGAUUAGUACAUCAAUAACGAAGAACACUUUACUCCAGCUUCUGCCUUUUUUUGGUGACAUGCCAGAAGUGAACAAUAAGAGGAAGAAGAAAAAUGAACCUGCUCCAAAUCAGUCAGUGGCUACAAAUUCUGCUAUUGAUAACAUUGAAAAACUGAAAAACAGAAAAAAAGUUUAA